UUGAGCAAAAUUCCACUAAUUCACACCACAUCUAUAAAUUCAAAUCUGCUUUUUGUCAACCUCUUAUUAAUCCUAUGUCCAUGUUGGCAAUAUAAAUACCCACCACCACACUUUGUCUGUUAGAGAGAGAAAGAAAAAGAGGUAGCUAUGGGAAACGCUAUGGCGAGGAGUAAAAGAGCUAAGGUGAUGAAGAUAGACGGAGAGACCUUCAAGCUGAAGACACCGGCUGUAGCCAACGACGUCGUUAAGGACUAUCCCGGUCACGUUCUACUUGAUUCUGAGUCAGUCAAACAGUUUGGGCUUCGGGCCAAGCCACUUGAGGCCCACUACGAGCUGAAGCCCAACAAAGUUUACUUCCUUGUUGAGUUACCGAAGCCUCAGCAACAAGCUGAGAAGAAGCCACCACUUCCUCGGAGGGCGCGAUCCAGUGGCAUCAUACGUGGCAUGAACGCUCAGGAGAGGCUCGAUUUCUUGAUGCUCUCUAAACGCUCCGUUUCGGACCUUGCACUCGUUAAGAAUUCCCCUCCCGCUAUUGGUGGGCCAGGCCCAAAUAAUGGUGGGCCCAUGAGGGUGAAGAUGAGGCUCCCUAGGGCCCAAUUAGAUAUGUUGAUGGAGGAGAGUGGCGACGGCGGCGAGGUGGCGGAGAAGAUCAUGAGCUUGUAUAUAGGGAACAAUGCUGCUGCUGGCGGAGGAGGAGGAGAGGCGGCGGAGGCCGAGGGUGGGGUGGCUGGCGGCAAUAGAGUGGUCAACUAUCAUCAUCAUAAGGCUCGAGGGAAACGAGUGAGUUUCAGACCAGUGGAACAAGGAGAAAUUCGUGUGGAGGCAGCAGCUCCUCCUUCCUCAUAGUCAUUCAUGUGGAAGCAAUCCUAGCAAGAUAGCCACAACCACAACCUUCUUUUAACUCUCUUUUUGAAGCUAGUUAAUUUUUGUACUAUAAUCUGUAGACUCUGGUAGUCUGGUAUGUAUAUUGAAAUAGACAUAGACAAGUCUAUAAAUUCAUACAUUUUUAGUGC